AUGUGGUUAGAUGCCGAAAAUAAUCAGGGGUCUUUUUUUUUUAGCUGUUUACUUGUUACAGUUGUUGUUUUUACCCACGUUGCGAACUGCGGUGGAAUGCCCUUUCAUUUGAUUAGGGUUUUUCUCUUCAUUUUGGUGGUAUUGAUGUUGUUGAUGUACUUUACCGGUACCUUUGCCCUUAUGGGUGCCAUGGCAGGCAUCAUUCGAAGUAGUAACACCUCCUUACGUUCUGCUUCUGGCAUUGCGAGUUUUUGUAGGGAAAUUCGGACUUUGGCGGCGAACCAACUGUUACAGAUAAUGGUGUUCAUCACGGUGGUGUAUCUCCUCCUGCAGUCACUUUGUGUCCCCGGCACAGUCGUGCUGAACGCCGUUGCAGGGGCGGUGUUGGGAACGCCUUUGGGGGUGCCGUAUUGCACGUUUAUUGCAACUGCUGGCGCAUCGUGUUGUUAUAUCCUCUCUUCUCUCAUUGGGGUGCGUCUUGUGGAGCGGAUGGAUGGACGUUUCAUGAAGGGAAAAGGGUUGGCAAAGAUACGUUUGCAGGUAACCAGAUACCGUGGGGAUUUGUUUGUGUAUCUUUUAUUUCUUCGACUUACUCCAAUAUUACCGAAUUGGCUUGUUAAUUUGGCCUCCCCUGUGGUGGGUGUUCCACUCCGGGUGUUUGCACUGGCUACAUGUCUCGGUAUUCUUCCACAGACAUAUCUUACCGUACGAUUUGGUGCCUUUGCACUUAAUUCCAUUGGGAGAACUGGCCCUAUUGUCUCCUGGUGGGAUACACUCUUGUUGGUUGUUCUUGGCCUGACGAUAGUUGCCGCAUUUUGGCUUAAGAAACGAUUUGCUGCCACGGUUGCACAGGGUACUGGAGGACGGUCAAUGACCAUCAUAGCGAUCUGA